UGUUAAGGUCCUCAUUCAAUAUUUUUGCCAUUUAUUCAUUCAUGAAAAAACUACAAAUUGAUUUUGAUUUUUUUUUUGAAUUAUUGGCAAUUAUGUCCUAUUUGGCGCGUUUUUUUGGUGGUCUCUUUGUUGUUAGUGGAAAGCCCAAGUUGAUUUUAUGCGAGGGUGCCAAAUCGAUUGAGAGAUCAUUGGGAACAAGCACAACCAGAGAAUAUGAUGUUGUGGUUGUCGGAGGCGGAAUCGUGGGAGCAGCUUCGGCUCGAGAACUGAAACUACGCCAUCCCAAACUCAAAAUGGCAAUUUUGGAAAAGGAAAACGAACUGGCAAAACACCAAACUGGACACAAUAGUGGCGUAAUACACGCUGGAAUUUAUUACAAACCAGGGUCCUUGAAAGCCAAACUUUGCGUCGAAGGCAUGCAAUUGAUGUACAAAUAUUGUGACGAAAAGAAAAUCCCUUAUAAAAAAGUCGGAAAGUUAAUUGUGGCUACUGACGAAGUUGAGGUGAAAAGAUUAGAAGAAUUGCAUCAAAGAGCAAUUGAAAACAAAGUCCCCGACAUUAAACUGAUAAAAGGUGUGGAAGAAAUAAAAAAAAUCGAGCCUCAUUGUGUAGGACUGCAAGCAUUGUGGUCACCACAUACAGGAAUUAUAGAUUACAGCAUUGUAACUCAACAGUAUGGUAUUGAUUUUAAAGAAAAAGGAGGAGAAGUUUAUUUAAAUUUUGAAGUAAACAAAUUUGAAAAAUCCCAAGACCCAAAAUACCCAGUCCUGAUACAAUCCAAAGAUGGACAAAACGUGAAAAGCAAAUACGUAUUGACCUGUGGCGGACUGCAAUCGGACAAACUGGCAGAAUUGUCCGGUUGUCCUAGGAGUCCUAGAAUCGUACCGUUUAGAGGCGAAUAUUUAUUGCUCAAUCCGGAAAAGGCGCACAUGAUUAGGGGCAAUAUUUAUCCAGUGCCCGAUCCAAGAUUUCCGUUUUUGGGAGUUCAUUUUACUCCUAGGAUGGAUGGUAGUGUUUGGCUUGGACCCAAUGCUGUACUGGCUUUCAAACGAGAAGGAUACACUUGGGCCGACAUAAACAUCUCAGAACUAGCAGACUCAAUUUCCUAUCCAGGCUUUAUAAAAUUAGCACUCAAAUUCAUGUUCGCCGGUGCUCAGGAAGUAAUCAAAUCGGCAAUACCGUCCCUCCAAGUGAAAAGUUUGCAAAAAUUCGUACCGGAGAUCUCUGCUAAAGAUGUAGAACGAGGACCUGCAGGUGUCAGAGCACAAGCUCUGGAUAUUUCCGGAAAUCUUAUUGAAGAUUUCGUGUUUGAUAUGUACAAAGAUGGAGACGAUUCGAUUGGUAGUCGGGUUUUGCAUUGCAGGAAUGCGCCGAGUCCUGGAGCAACUAGUUCUUUGGCUAUUGCUAAAAUGAUGGUGGAGAAAAUCGAGAGCGAGUUUGAGAUUUAAAAAGACUGUUUCUGAGAGGAUUUAAAUUAACUCAGAAUUAGUAUAAUAGGCAUAAAAUGUUUGUUUUUAUUCAAGUUAUUUUUGUUUAUGUUUUACUAUCGCCAUAUUAAGUUUUUUUUUUACUAUACUAACCUGAAAAAUAGUCAUUAUUCAAUCUAUUUUUCUACAUCAGUUCAGCUCAUUUGCACUUAUACGAACAAUUCGGAAAAUAAAGAGCCUGGAAUAAAUUAAUUUGUUCUUCACUCAUUGGUCGCUACUGAUCAAUAAAGUUACUAAAAAUGUUUUUUAGGAAAAUAUGUUUUAUUAAAAAAGAUAAACAAAAAACACAACAUAAAUUAAAUGAGGAAGAAAUUUACAAAGAAAAUGAUGAUGGUGAAAAAAUACUGAUGAGAAUAUCAUUUUUUGUUCAACAGUCGCCGUUUUUAUAAUAAAUGACCGUGUCCUCCGUCGAGCUCCAAACCACCUCCGUAUCCGCCUCCGUAACCACCUCCGUAGCCUCCCAACUCUUCGUGAUGUUCUUUGAUGUAAAUUGGAACCUUCUUUUCAACUAGAACUGGUACUUUGACUGGGUAUGGUACUGGUUUGUGUACAGGGUAUGGUACACUUUUGAUUACUGGGUAGGGUUGAGGGACUGGGUAUGGAACCUAAGAAACAAUUAUUAAUACCAUAAAUUACAAAUCUAUUACUAAAUUACCUUGACUGGUACUUUAACUGGAACAGGUACAUGUUUUAUAACUGGGUAAGGUACAGGUUUUUCAAUGUGGACUGGAUAAGGUUUUGGUACAGGGACUGGAUAAGGUUUGGGUAUAUGAAUUGGUACUUUAACAGGGUAUGGAACAGGUACUUUCUUUUCGAUGUGCACGGGAUAGGGUUUGGGUACUGGAAUUCCUACAGUUUUGAUGUGGGUUACGUGUUUGACGUGGUGGUCUUCCAAACCGCCGAGUUCCAAACCGCCUCCGUAUCCUCCAAGUUCCAAGCCAU